CCGAAACCCCAGCGACCGUAAAGGAGUGGCAGGUUUCAUCAUCUGCUCGGCUGCUCCACCAGAAAACACUCCACACUUGUGGUGCCAAAGCUGCUCUGCUCCGUUCAGCUGUGACCUGUGAGACAACUGCUCCCUUCUGACAGGAGAAGGAGCGGAGUCUGGGGCUGAGUCCAUCACUCCUGGACUGACUGAGCUGCCAUGAGCCUCUGAAGCUCAUCCUCCUCUUUGGUGUCUUUUCUUGACAACACAAGCAGCACAACACCUUGGGGCAAAGCUUGUUCAUCAAAGUGGAGGUAAAGGAGAGGCAGCGUGGGAGUGUGUGCGGGUGAUUCGGUUGAGGACAUUACCUCAUGGAGGAUAAGCGGAGACUGAAGAGGUCUAACAGAGGUAACAGCCCUUGACUCCAUUGCUCUCUGCCGCUUAUCGGAGCAGCUUUUCUGCUCGGGUUCAGAGGGAAGUUUUGACAGCCAGGCUUUACAGCUCCCUGAUCUGUCACUCCUGACAGAGAGAGAAAGAGAGAGAGAGAGAGAAGGAGAGGCAGAGUGACGAAGUGGUGACUUCAUUUUUUCUCCUAACAAGCCCUUCUCGCUCCCCCUCCUUUUCCGAGCUUCCCUUUUCUCUUUUUUUUCCCUCCCAAUACUUCAGCGCAGCACGCUCAGGCAGCAUGCCAGUGUUCAUCUUGCUGCGCUCCCUGGUUAUCAGGCUCCUCAGCAGCAGACUGGCAGGCUCUCUGGCUCAGUUCCUCAGGAGAAGCCUCUCGACAGGCGCUGCCCACCUUGGCACGGCGUUGAGGCACAUCUGGGACCGCGUUCGAUCCCAGGAGUCAAAGGAAGCCGUCCUGGGCUGUGUCCUGUGCAUUCUCAACAUGCACAAGAAGGUGGAGAACUGAUCUCACUCUCUCUUCACUUUCUGAGCAAGAGACUGGACAGCUGUUUAGGGGGACAUAAGUGAGUUUUAUAUAUUUUUUUACCAGGAUGUCUGAGAGUAUUGUAAGGAAGGUGCAGCCCUUCACCAUUGGAACCAGGCUCUCUGUUCCUUCUGUAACUAAAUGCCAGGAGUUUCCACAGAGUUAUCUGCCCAGUGAGGCUCUGGAUAAUUGCGUUUUACAGCGCAACCUGAACUCGCUCUACCUCAGCAGAUCCCAGGUCUGUGCACAUGGCUCCCGUCUUGUUUUACCGACCGUCGACCAGGCAGCCCCCGUCAAAAUCCAGCCGGAGCACGUGGCGGCGGAGGACCACCUCAACCAGAACAUCGCCUCUCCCUCUGCCGUCUCCAGAUCCAUCAAGAAGAUCACCAUCUCUGGAAGCAAUGACCAAUCAGACUCCAAGACAGCGCUGGGACCAGUCACAUGCUCCACGUCUGGAAACAACAACAACAAUAACAACAUCAGCAGCAGCAGCAGCAGCAGUAGCAGCAGCAGCAGCAGCAGCACUCCAGAUCAACAUCUGCCAAGAAUUGUGGAAGUUAGCUGUGAAAAUAAACCCAACUCUCAAUUUAAGGUUUUACUCAGCAAAGAGGGAAGUGAUGUAUUUCUGCCUGCGCAGGAGCAAACUUGGGAAAAACUAAAUGGAGAGAAAUCAGUCGAGAUUUCACCACCUGAGCUGCAGAAAAAAGAGCCUCAGAGGAGAGAAAGUCAUCAGCAGGAUGAAGAAGCGCUGGCAGCUGCUAAAUCCCACAGUGAAUGCUUCACUCAGCGAAACUCUCUCUUCAACAAAGAAGCACUGCAGGCAGAAGCGUGGAUGAAAAGCAAACUCCAAGACCUGAAAGACGGAUGUAAUGUUCAGCAUCGCCCCCUGCAUGACUGGGAGGAAGCCUCACAGAUGCUUCACAGAGACCUGAAAGACUUUGAAAACACCCUGAUUCAGCUCAACCAGCUGGGUGAACAGCUGAUCUGCAAGUUGAACCCAACGUCCGACCUGGUGAAGAAGCAGCUCAGUCAGCUCAGGGAACAGUGGCAAACCGUGAAGCAGAUGGCCGCAAAUCAGACACACGCUCUAGGUGGAGCCAGGAGCCUGCAGGAAUUCAACAGGAAGGUGGACAAACUGGAAGCUUGGAUUAAAGAAAAGAAGGAAGAGGAGCAGUCUCUGGUGAGUGUCCUGGGGGAAAAUGUUGACAAAAUGCAGCUCACCAGGAGAAUUCUUGAUCUCAAACAGGAUGAGCAGCUCCACAGAAACCUGCAUGAAGAGAUCAACAACUUGGCCCUGAAGCUGGAGAAACUGGGGAAGGCAGAUGGCAAAAACAUCACCAUCAGGAAGAAACACAUCAAUAAAAUGUGGCUGAAGGUCCAGUCCUACCUGAAAAACUACCACGAGAACCUUCAGGUCGCGCUGGAGAUGUCGUCAUUUUACCAGCAGGCUGAUAAUACUCUGGAUGCUAUAAACAACAUGCGGAGAAGCAUGUCUGCAUCCAAAGACCUGGACACCUUUGGCGACAGAGAAAUCCGCGACAUUGCCGGUCAAAUCAUGAUGCUGGAUGUGAGCGUGUCUCAGCUGCCCAAACUGCACCCCGGCCUGGCUGCCGGCGUCACAAAGAAGCAGGCCGAGGUGAAAGACUGCUGGGCGCUCCUCCAGACGGAUCUAAGGAGCGACAGGACGACAAACUCCCUCUCCGGCUCCACUUUCACCAGGGAAGAUGCUGACCUCCUGACUCCAGCGCGAGAAGCCCAAUGCAUCAUGGGAUCUGAGACACAUGGGAUCAUGGGAAAAGAGGUGAAGGAGGAGCAGAACCGUCUGAAAGGCAGCAGAAGUAUCGCUGAUGGCCACAGCCAAACUCAGAGCAGCCAACAAGACGACCAACAAUCAGUGAACCACAGCUCUUCACCAGAGGGAAAUGACUCACUCAGUGUAAACGAAGCCAUCAGCAGACAUGAACUAAGCAGAAAGUCGAGAGUGGAGCCCAGGCUUCCCGCCGGCCACCGAGGCCACCCACAGCUUCACCUGCAGCUCCAGAAGUUCACUCUGUCUGCUGACAAGACUUUGUCCUGGCUGAAAGACAACGUUUCCGUGGCAACACAGGUGUGUUCGAUGGCGAGCUCCGAGGGACUGGAGGCCGCCAGAAGGUGUCAACAGGCCCUCGAACAAGAAAUCCUCAACAACAGAGCCAGGAUAGAAGUGGUCAAAAGGGAGGGUCACGGGCUGGUCCGUGCACAGCACCCAGGCAGUGCGAGGAUUGAGGAGUUCCUCAGCCAGCUGGAAGUCCUGUGGGAAGAACUGAGGAGGAGGCACCAGAGGAAUGCUGUGUUUCUGCAGGCCUCUGAGAAACUGGGCUUCAGAGUUGUGAAAGUGCUCCAAGCCCUCGGCAGCCUGGAGGCCUGGCUGGAGUCCGUGGAGCUUUCCAUGAAGGCGUCCGCCAUCGCCGGCGACCCCGAAACCAUGAGCCGGGCCGAGAGGGAGAGCUGCCUGCUGGAGAAAGAGGUGGCAGCUCGCAGCGUGGAGCUCAGCGCUCUGAGGCAGGAGGUGGACCGCCUUCAUGGCCAUAGUCACCCCCACACACGGGGAUUGGCAGCGCGCAUGGAGGAGUUGGAGAGAAAGUAUCAGUGUGUGCUCAGUGCCCUGAUCCUACAGAGCUCAAAGCUGCAGGACACACGCAUGCUGACUGAGUUUCUGGAGCAUUUGGAGCUGGACGAGAGCCAAGAGCUCAUCGAAGGACAAUAUAAUCUUGAUCAGCCUCUACAUAGUGACAUUUCCUCAGUCCCUACGUUACUUGGGCUCCAAAGCAGCGGUGUUGGAGACAAUCAGAUAGAAACUAUCGGCGACCCUGUGGAAGAACUGCGGGAGGCGGUGGAGAUGCUGAACGACACUGUGAGGGAAAGAGGUCGAUCACAAAGCCACGAUCACGCCAUCCAGGAACUGCUCAGCAAGCAUGUCAGCCUUGCGGUGCGCGUGGAGGAGUGUUUGUGCAGCAGCAAGGAGCUGAGCCUGGAGAUCCUGGAGAAGGAGACGGACAUGGCCGUGCAGUGCGAGCCAGACCGCUGCGGCUUCGGGCCGCUCCGGGACAGACUGGGCCACCUGGAGAUUGACUAUGAAAUCAUGAAGGAGGAUGUAAAGAAGAUGGAGAACCAGGCUUUGGGUCUGAAGGAGCUGUGUCCGGAGAAAGCAUACACAUUUGAGGUGAAGACCCAGUCUACGCUGCAGGCCUGGAGUGAACUGGGGAAGAGCGUGAAGGACAACAGAUCACGUCUGCAGGAGUUUGUGGAGCUCCAGUGCUUCUUCAGGAGCUACCUUGCAAUGAUCUCAUGGACUGAAGACACUAGGUCAUGCAUUUUCUCAGACACUGCACUGCACCUCAGGAGAGAAGGACAGCGGCCAUUGGCGGCAGAGCUGGACAUCCAAAUCGAGCAAAAGUUUAACGAGUUUGAUGAGCUCGCAGCCAAAGCAAAGACUCUUUUAAACAAAGAACACCACCUCACACAGAUGGUGAAGGAACGCAUGGAGGAACUGAGGAGCAUGCUUGGGUGGAUCUCAGUGCACUGGAGAGCUCAGAAACAACAGUGGCUUCACAAGCAGAACAGAGAGGAACCCUCACAUGAUAACAUUUACUCUGAAGCAACAAUAUGGAACUCAUUUAAAGAGAGUUCGGUUGCCGACCCCGAAUUCUUCCAACAAUCACAUGCCAUCAGGACCUCUGAGGACACAACAAAUGCAGCUGAAUGUAAUGAAGAGAGCGAAGGGAAAAUGUCAGAAGAUGGGUAUGAAAUCAUGAACAGGAUCGGCCCACGAGGCGAUUCUCCCAAAGCAAACAUUAUGUUGGUGAAGGAGAGCAGCAGCCCACCUGUUGGGGGCGCUGUAAACCUCAUCCUUAGCAUUGGGAACAAUGAGGACAGCCAAGUGCAGGUGCUCGACCUACCUGCUGGGACAGAUGAGAAGUUGAGGGAGACCUCUGAGCCUGUUCACAGGGUAAGUACUUACCUGCAUGUUAAGGACAGCACCCUGGCUGUGGCUCCAGUGUACGAGUGUAUCACCCUACCCCGCUUAAAGAGCCGUUCUACAGUAUCGGACUUCCCUACUUUAUGGCCGUCUGCCUCCUCCUCCUGCUCCUCACAAUCUUCCCCUGUGACUGACCCACAAACGACCAACGCCGGCUUCCGCCCCACGACGGGAAGCGGCGGCAGCUCCAUCUUCUGCAGCCUCAAACGGAUGAGCAAGAAGAGGAAAAGGAAGCGAGACGAGCGCAGACACACAAUACAGAGAAUCAUGGAUGUGGAUGAGCAGACCAGUGGGAUGCAGCGGUAUGACUCUGAGACGGUCACGUAUAACACUCAAACAUGGCCGCUGAAGGAGGGUCAGAGGAAGAAGAGCUUACAGAAGAACAGAAAUGUUGCAGGCACUGGGGCUUACAUGAAAAACCCUCUUCUGAAAGACAUCGAUUCAGAGUGUUCAGGAGAAAACAGCAUCACUCCGUACGCCAUAUCAUCCGGACCAACGACUUCUCCAUCAGAGCCUGGGAGAAGCCACUGCAGAGUCCUCUCUUUGGGCUCGGUGUUGAGCUUCGAUCUGCCAAAAGACAUGACCCUCAUCCCCAGCAUUCAGGAAAUCAUCACUAUUGCCCCUCCAGAGUCUAAAAAAGCAGAUGCAACAGAUUCUGACCCUCUUUCUCAAAGAAAAACAGUUCUGAGCUCUUUCAGACAGACCCACAUCCUGGCGGCCAUCACAGGAAGUGAAAAUAGCUCUUCUGAAACACAGGAGUCAAUAGCUGCAGCAAAAGAUCUACCUGAUGAGGAGGUGAGUUUACAACCAUGUUCUCUGGAAGAACCUUGUGCCGGAUCAGAGGAGGAGGACGAAAUCUCGUCAAAUACUAAAUCUACAACAAAUGAAAUCAGUCCACCUUCAAAGCCGCCUAUUUACAUGAACCAAGCCCAUAACUGCUGCUCAGUCCCUCAUAAACACAAGUGUCUCAGUGUCCAUACGCUCAUACGGGACCUGAAUGGACACCAGUUCCAUAAAUGCACAAAAUCCCAGUGUAAGCAUGAAAACAGUCCUCAGCUGAAAUCAAACCAAGCUUCUCAUGUGAGAGUGAAUCUUAAGUCAACAAUGAGCGUCAGCGUUCGACAGGACUCUGUAGAUUCUGGCAUCUCCACCUCCAGCAGUUUCAAGCUUUGCACCGACGCUUCCUGUCCGGAUCAGCCCCGGCCUAAAGGAGUGGUGGGGAAACUUAUUUCCCUUGAGGUGGGAGGCAUAGACCCGACUACAACAAAAGAAAACUAUGCCGCAUUCUCAAGUUCAUCCCCAGAAUCCGUGAAUAUCAACACAGAGCCAGUCCAUGUCGACCACCAGCAGUUUGAGGAGGAAGAAGAAGAACUGGAGGACAUCUGGAAACAGAAUACCAACUACAGGCAGAGCAUCUGCUCAGACAUCAUGUACCAGCCCAACCAAACCAGAGACCCACUUUCCAGCUCCCCUCCUGUCACAGAGCCACCUGUUCUCUACAGAAACCUGGUCACCGUCUCAGAACCAAACCUCCUCAUAGCCGAGUUCAAACUCCCCUCCCACAUCCAGAACUGUCUGGGUUAUGAGAAGUGGCAGAGCUCCAAAGAUCACCUCCCUCCUCUGGCCACAGCGGACCGGAGGUCCUGGGCGGCGUUUCCCAACAGGGAACCAGCUAGCAAGACUGCAGUGAUGCUGAACGAGACGGCAUCUGAUCCAGUGAAGCUUCCAGAUGUCAGCGACAAUCCGAGAUACGUUUACCAAUACAGAGAGGAGGAAGAGGGGGAAGAGAAGGAGAUGAAGGAAGGAGAGGAGCUAACCAGGUACUCACAGAACCAGUCUAUGAGUCUCCUUUCAGUCAAUAUGGGUUUUAGAGAAGCCUGCCAGAAAAAUCUUAAAGACGUAGCAAAGCCUCAAGAACGAGUAACCACAGGAGGGCGCUGUUUCAUCCUAAGUGGAAAACCAGAGCAUCAGUCUAUGGAGGGAACCCUGGAGAGGAAGCACAAGCUGCAGCUGGGAGGAAAGAAAGCUGCCUCCAGAGGCUGGAUCUCCUACCACACUGUCCUAUAUAGACACACCUUGUGCUUCUUCCAGGACAGAAAGGAUACACUGCGCAGCUCUGCAUGCGGUCUACCGCUGAACCUCAUGGGAGCUGAGUGCUCGGCUGCCCCAGACUACACCAAAAAACCCAACUGCUUCCGACUACGGCUCCGUGACGGGUCUGAAUACUUGUUUAAUACCACCUCCCGCUUCUUGAUGAAGAAGUGGAUCAUGAAAAUACAAGCAAGCACAGUGAAUAACUGUGAUGGGACCUUUUCGUCUAUCAAAGGUCAAAGUGAGCUCAUGUCUUCACCAACAAAUGUUCCUGGUGAUCAAGCCUUUCCCAUCUCUUUAUGCCAGGAUCAAACCAGCACACUCUGCCAUUCCCAGCACAAAGUCACCCACACAUUCCCAAGGUUGAAACAACAGAGCAGCGAUCAAACCAAAGAAAUUGUCGUUCUCACCAGAGAGCAGAGUCACAUGCUCCAGAGCCAAAGAGCAGACGAGAAGUCCAAGACCUCAUCAUUGGAUCCAAGCUGCUGUGAUGAUGAUGAUGAUGAUGAUGAUGGUGAUGGGGAUGAAUGCAGCUUAACGCAUCCAGUGACUCACAGACUUUCUGUAGACAACACUUCUCCUUCCUCCUCUCACUCCCCUGCAACCAGCAGCCAGAACUGGCUCAGCAGCAAGCAACGCUCCCACUCUUUUACGUCAGCAACCUACCAGAAGAUUAAACCCAUGCAACACUCUCCUGGAGGAGAAGGGGUGGAAAAAGGAUCCAACUACUGUGUGACUCUGGUGGUCGGGGGCAGUUCGGCAGACAGCUCGUCGAUAAUCAGAGGUCUGGAGCCUCCGGUGCUGCCCUCACCUUCAUGGCAGCCAGACGUGUUUAAGGACUCUGCUCUGAAAAGUUACUCGAGCCUCCCGCGACCUCGCAACAAAUCUGUCUUUAAAAAGUUCUUUGGGAAAAAAGAGCCCUGAGCGUAUACAUGCUGGUUUUUACAUAUAGUUUUUAACGUGCAGUGCACAUUUAAAUAAAAACACACUACUACUGACCAUAUUUAUGAGCAAAACACUUAUCCUAGUUAUAUUUUUGAUGCGUUUGUGAUAAUUCACUACAGAGCCUUAAAAGUCAUUAUAAAUAACCUGUUUUAUGAGUGUCUCUUUUUUGAUCCUUCACUUUUUAAGUCAGAUAAAAACUAACACAACUGCUAACACACUGCAAAGUGUGCACUGUGUACUUACAGUUCAACUUAGAAGUGUACAUACAGUCAUCACUGACAUGAAUGUCAUAUGAAUUCAGGACAAUAAAGGAUUUCUUUCAACGAUUUAUAUCAAGAUGGAAGGAUAAUGCAGCUUUCAACUUCAAUAAUUUCAGAAAACAAGAGUUGGAUUAACAAGCUUAAACAUUUUCCGCAUUGUUUGUGUAAUCAACAAAAUGUACAUUAUCAAGUAUGGAGGUGGUACCAUCAUGCAGUGGGGUUACUGGACUGCCAAUGGUACUGCUGCGUACUGGAUAGAAAAUUAAAAAAAGAAAAUGUCACCAAAUUCAUUCAUUUCAAGCUCCAAAAUGCAUACAAACACCGUUAGCAAUAUUCAAAUGUCAUUAUUAUUAUGGGCAUGAAUGUAAUUAUUUUAGGUCUUUUAUGGAUUUCAGAGUGCAAAUUGAGCUGAUUGUAUCCGUUUUCUGAGCCUCACAAUUAUGCUGAUAAAUGUCGCUCACCAAGUUACGGAGAAACCACAGACGUCCUCGAAACCCUGAUGUUCGUGGGAGUUAGGGACUGCCGGCGAAAGGCUGAACGUUGCAAACACUUGAUGCUCGCUCUAAAACGCUCCUAAAUGCCCUUUUUAAUAGUUGAAACACCAAAUGUACCUUAAUAUGGCUUGUUAUGAUCUGUGGAAACCGUCUUUGCACGACUGCAGAAGCUUAGCAUCCAUGGUCUGUCUUACUUCCGCUCUUCUGGAAGUAAGAGCGGAACACACAUUGUAACACACAUUGGCUUGUGUUACAGCCAAUCAGCACCAAGGAAAAUGAACGACACUCGUUGAUUGGCUGCCUUUUUAACACCAACCAAUAGCAUGUGAAGGAAUUUUGAUCAAAGCUGUAUUUUAUUUGUAAUAUUUCAAAUAUGGUCUCUGCAAAAAAGGAUAGAGAUCACCACUUUAGUUGAACCGUUUUCUCUAAGAUGACUACAAACGAGUCGAUGAGCCUUGUGUUUCAAAACGUUUUGGUUUGGAGCUCACUGUGUUUGCUCUUGAACAUUAUAAAAAAAAAAUUUAAAUCAGAGAUUGACGGUUUGGGUCACAUGACGGAAACUUGGACAGAGUUGGGUCUUAAAACCGGACAAAUAUCCAAAACCUCCUUAUAUGUUCAAAAAAGCUUUUCAUUCAACCAGAUGUAUGGUUUUGAUCCUGUGAGGAUCAGAGAAAAUCCUCAAUAAAUUAAACUUCUGCAUCAACUUGUUGUUUGUAUGUUAAAGGUUAAAGUUAAUAUAACAUUCACAUUUAUGACGGUUGUAUGUAAACUUCUGGAACUGUAGUUGUUUUGAUUGUUUUUGAUCACUCUUGUAUAUUUCUUUUCAUUUUUUCCCUGUUGUGCUUUGGGUUAUCUGUUCCCCUUUAUGUUAAACUAAAUAUUAAUACAUUAAGCUCUCAGUGCCUUCAGUUACGUUGCAUUUUAACUGCUCCUCAACUAUGAAUUCACAGUUUGAUACUGUUUGAUCUUGCGUGAUUUAACUACUUUUUUCCCACCUUCUAAGGCAAAGAUUAAAUACUUAAUAAAACUCAAAACAAGGUUUUGCUUUUGCUGUGAUUAAAGAUUAAUUUUUGACACA